AUGCUCAAUAUUUUGGUGCUAUUUUUUGGUGAGUUUUGAACUUGACCAGGAUCAGAAUGAUCACAUUUUUGUAGAAAAAUUCUAGACUUAAACACAGAUAUAAAAUGACCCUGGAUUACUGUAGGAUUGGCACCAAACAUCAAAAUACUGUAGAUGUGGCAAAUCUAGGGGUUUCAAUAGUUUUUAGGGUUUUCUUUAAAAUCUCUGGAUACAAAUUUAGAUAUUCAAUACUUUGCCACGUCAUAACUUAUUUGUAAAGUUUAAAAUAAUUUUAAAACCCUAUAAAAUUUAAGCUUUUAAAAUUUCAGAAUAUAUUUUCUCCUCAUAUUCCCAUUUUUCUAGUUUUUUUUCAUUCGAAAAAGUAUAAGUGCCCUUAUUUUCCUUCUCGAAAAAAAAGCAAAAAUUCAAUUUCCAAGUUUUAUUUUUCUCCCCAAAUUUUUUUCGUUGACUUCUUCUGAGAAAAAAAACAUCAUGAAAAAUUGAUGAGAUUUUUUCUCACACACAUUGCAUUCCUGAAGAAAAACUAACUAACUAAGAGGAUACAAUUUGAGAGGGGGAAAAUGAAUGAAAUUUGAGAUUCGUUUUUUUGCAGUUUCGGAUAUAAAUGCGUCUUUUCAAAGUAUAACAUUUUCGCCGGCAGAUGAGGCUUUUCUUCUAUAUCAUGGACAACAAAACACAAAUUUUACAUCGGUUUUUGUUCAGGUAGGAAGGAAGGAAAUGAAACUAAUUUCCGGGAAAAGUGCAUUCAAGUAUAUGAGUUGGGAUCAAAAUAUCGAGUUGAAAUGGCUGGAAGGAGGUUACUGAAAGGUUUAGGGAGGACAUAGUAAUGAAAUCUGACAGGGUUGAUAAUUCCGACAUCAGCGGAAUGAUCUUCCAGUAAAAGCCUUCAACCAACCCUCCCCAAUUCUCAAACCCAUAAUUUUUCCUAGGAUGGCUGUCCGAAUAGUCGAAAUUUGCGAGCAACAGUACAUUCAUCAGAUCAACAAGACUCUGCCCGGAUAUUCGAACAGAUUCCACUCCACUGCGCUGCAAAAAUACGAAUUGUCACAGAUAAAAUCGAUAUGGAAAGACCAUAUGUUGAUGUAUUGGCAGUUUUAGAUGAAUCAUUUUCAAGUCAUUUAUCAGCAAUCUGCAUUCAUGUUCAAAUCACAUCACAAACAUCUGCAAAUGAACUCGGAAGUUGUGUUUUGAAUUCGAAAGAUGAUCCAAAAUCAAGUUGUAUUGCGAGAGUUCCGGUUCCAUUUUCAUGGUUUCCUCAGGAAUCGAAUAAAUCCGAACAUUUAUCAGUUUCAUAUACGAUUUCGGAAAAAUGCGAUCAAAGAUUUAAUGAUAUUCCACAGAAUGUCAUCGAAAUUUCAUCAAGGAUUCCGAAACAAAAAGUAGAGAUGUUAGCAAAUGAAACAGAUGUGUAAGUAAAUAUAAACCAAAUAAAUAUAUUUUAUUUACAAAAUCAAGAAGAAUUUGCUAAUUUCAGACAAGUAACACUUCGAACAACAGCAAAUCAAUCAUUUUCUCAAAACUCGAUGCAAUCCAUGUUUCUGAAUUUGAACACAACAAAAUCGAUAUCAAUGGAAAUUCGAGUUUGGAUUGAUUCGCGAGUUUCGAUUGAAACUAUUUGGCCAAGUUCGCCGAAUUGGACAAUUCGAGUUUCGUCGGCGAAUCGACCAUUAUUUUAUACGUCAUUGAUUUGUACACCGAAAGAAAAUAUCACAGAGUUAGUUCAAUUUGGGUUUAUGAGAGAGGGGGGAAUCGAUAAGUUUUUAAAAUUAUCUUAAUUUUCUCUUCAAAUCUAUUUUUUAAUUCUUAAUUUUUUCCAAUGAUGAUUUUUUGUAUAUACAUAUAUUCACGAAAAGAGGGAAAUUAAUGCGAAAAACCUAUAAUCAUGGUUUUUUGGUGUUUGAUGAAAAGUUUUUGCAGUUUUUCUUUUUGGAAUCUCUAUUCUCGAGAAUUUGCUAUCGUUUGUUGCAAAAAUUGUCAAAUUUGGUUGAGUAUGAGCGAUUUUAGCAUUUUUUGUCAAAAAACGAAAAAUGGUUUUGAGGUUGGGAAAAAUUCACAAAAGUCGUGUUGUCUGGCGUUCUCUCUAACACUUUUCUAUCUCUUAUUUUCUCUCCUUUUCUCCUCGUCUCUUCUAGACGCAACACUCUCUCGUUUAUUUUUUCAAUUCGGUUUUUUUCGUGGAAUCAGGAAAUUUCACGAUUUUCAUCGAGAACAUCAUAUAUGAGAAGAUAGAGAAUAACAAGGAAAAAACAGAACAAAAAAAUGGGAUUGUAAAAUUUAACAUCAGAAGUUAUUUUUCUCCAAAGAACUGAAAAUAUAUAAAUAUAGAUUUAAAUCUUUCAAAAUUAAAAUUUCACAUGAAAAUUGGAAGAAUUAGGAUUGUUUUCGAGGUUUUUCGUUUUUCAUCUCUAUUUUCGAGAGGAAAACAUUUUUGCAACAAAAAAUUUUCACAAUUUUCUGGGAGUUUGUGGUUGGAAAUGAUUAGAGAGGCUAUUUUAGGUUGAAUUUUGUCAGAGUUAUGAAAAUACAUAGCUUCUAGGAAUUUUUCAAACACUUUCAGGAAAAGCGGAAAUUUUGAAUUAAAUAUAAAUAUUCUCUCCAGACAAUUUCAAUGAAAAUUUGGAAAACUGAAUAGUCAUUUUCUAACAUUUCCCUUCGCCAAGCUUCUCCAACAAAAUUUAAUUUCAGAUUUUCUGGAAACAUCAUCGCAUUAUUGAUCAAAAUGACGUCAUCGAGCGAAAUUCUAAAAGAUGAUGUGAUUCUUCAUUGGCAUGUAAUUUUUGAUCCCAAAAACAAAUCAGAUCAAAAUCACAAAGUUGCUACCAAAUUCAACGUGGUUUCGGAUGAAGUUGCUGCAGUUGUAGUUGUCCCAAAAAGAUAUGAAAUCAUGAAUUUAGCAGUUAUCUCAGGACAACAAAUAACAAGUUCAAUGAGAAUUUUCACUGUUUCAAUUGGCUCAAAAAUCGAGGAUGUUACAGCGUUGUCACAUUGUAUUUCAGCAGAUGCAAAGAUUUUGAAAACAUCUCCAACUUGCACAUCGGUAAGGAUAAAUAACUUUGAUAUGAUUCAGAAAAUGAAAGGAAUUUUAAAGGUUUACGUGGAUGGAUCUGAAUCAUCUGGAAGUUCGAAUGUUCAAAUUUAUGCGCAUUAUUUGAGAUAUACUACAUUUUUCUCAUUUCGAGUUUGGUAUCCAAAAUUACCGCUAACGGUUUGUUUUUUUUAUUUUAGAGAAGAUUGGCUUAGAGAAGAAGAUUAGAGAAGAUUGGAGAAAAAGACAAUUUUUUAUAUAGAUUUUUUAUUGGGAAAAAUACGUUUCAAAAUUCCAAUAAGUCUAUUAAUACAGUUUCAAUCUGAUUUGAAAACGAUCAGCAACUGAAUUUUCAGAUUUGGACAAGUAGUUCUACACUUUACGCGAUCAAAGAUUGGAAAGUGGGUGUUUGGCGUGAUUUACUUGUUCCAACUCAGAAAACUCGACGAGCUGCCAGACAAUUCUCGUGCGCAAAUCGUUUUCAGCAAUCUGAAAUUCGAGUUUUGGCAUCGUUAUUUAUGGAAGGAGAUUCGAAAAAUCAAGAAGAAUUAUUUUUAUCAUCGCAUCGAAAUAUUCUUUUCGAUGUUACAAAUAUAGUUCAUAACACGUGAGUUCAUAGUACUUCUAUGUAUUGAUAUUACUGUAGCCAUGAAUCUGAAUAAUAUUCCAGAUUGCAAAUCGCAAAUCGAACAGUUGUCUCACUUCGAUUCAUCGAUGGAAAAGCUAUAAUAACAGGAGAAAAUUUGGGAAGCACAAAAAUCCUAAUCCGAAAUAUCAAAAACACAAAAGAUCUAGCUUCUGAACCAAUCCUUGUUCAUCCACAAGAAGUUCAAAUAACCGGUCUAACAGCUCGUCCAAUUUGUCAAUUACACAUUCGAAUUCUUCCAAUUCUUUUCGAUCCAGCUUUCUUCAAAAUCGAAGUGAAUAUUCAAUCAAAAAUCGAAAGAUUAUAUCAACAAUGUUCAAUUGAUUCAAUUGUCAGUUAUUCCGAUUCCACGUGGCAACCACUGAAUUAUGCGCAAAAUUCGAAUUUCGAACUGAAAGCUCAUUCAACAGAUGAUAGAAGUUUGGCAGUUUCUCAUCAUUCAUCAAAUAUUCAUAUAAUUGCGAUAAAUGAUAUAAAUCCACAAAAAACAACAAAUCUAGAAAUCGAACUUUUGCCAAGUAAUCAAUGCUCAAUUUCUUCUAAUUAUCCAUUAUCAGCAACUGUUUUAACAAUUCCAAUCAAUAUUCCUCAACAAAUUAUUGAAACAGCAACAACAUCUAUGAAUAUAUCAACUACAGAAUCGAGUGAUUUAAAUCAAAGUUUAUCCAAUCUUCCAGAUGUUCCAAUGCAUAUAUUUUUGCUCACCAUAUUUGUGCUCAUUAUUCUUUUCAUUCUUAUUUCUUUUGUAAGAAGAUCAGCCGCAUUUAAAGGGUAAGGUAGUUUUACGAAAAACCUUUAAAAAACUAAAGUUUUAAGUUAUGAGCAACUAGUUGCUCCACUUCUUUCUCGAUUAUCAUCUUCAAGUGGUUCAACAAGACAUGAAGAUACAAAUGAAUGGGUUUGGCUAAGUCAACCACAACCACCUACCUCAACUUUAGGUAAUUUUGGGUAAAAUUUGGAAAGAUAGAGAAUGGUGUAGGGUUAGAAAAGAAGGUUUUUUUAAUUCUAGAUUUUUUGACGGAAAAUUUUGAAUCGCACCAUUUUUAAAAUGUCUUAGAUCACAUUUUUAGUAAGAAAUCAGACCACAAAAAUCUUGAAAAUCUAGAAAAUAGAGCUCUUUUUCCAAAAAUAUGAAUCCUCAAAUUUCUUCUGUAACGAAUUCUUCCUGAACUUUCAAACUUUCCUUUUUUUUAGGUUCCGAUUAUUCUGACAAAUCUCGAAAUUACAAACGUGCAUCAGAUGAUCCAAAUCGAACAAGUAUUUCAUAUCAUGGUUCAGAAAUAUCAGUUUUUAUUGCACCUUCGCAGGCAAAUGUAAUGGUUAAUUCAUCGAGAGGCGGUUCGACGAGACAUACAAUUGUUGAUUCAAAUUCUGAUCAUAAUUUGGCACGGAUUAUUCAGAAAGGUUAGGAUUACUGUAGUUUUAGAACAUUUUUCAUCGAAAAAAGUAAAUAUUUAGAAAAAUUAAAAACUUUCAUUCCAAAAUUUAUCAAUUUUUCAAGAAAUUAAAAUUUUCAUUUCAAUUUUUGUAAAAUUCCAGCUCUUCCUCAUAAUUGAACAUUUUUCCCUGAAAAAAUAUUUUCCACGUCAUAACUAUCAUUUUUCAGACGAUAAAUGGAAUAAUGAUCAAUUCCACACUUGGACCUGGAAACAGCGAGAUCGAAUGGGUUCAGCGCCGAUUCGAGAAAGUGUUGCCUAA